UGUCACCUCUAAUCCACGUGAUUUCCCGGCAGCUGCCGCCGGUUCUAUGCACUCACCCGAUCGCUGGGGGCGCCCACUUUCAGUUUCAAGCGGAGCGCGGAGAUGCUGGGAGCAGCCGCUUGUCCCCACAGAGCCAACUCUUAAUGGACCUCGCUAAUCUCCAGCUGGGCACCGGGAACCUGUUGAGCUGUCUCGUGAGGCUGCUCAGCAAAGAGCCAGAAUGGCUGAAUGCCAAGGUGAAGUUCUUCCUCCCCAACAUGGACCUGGGCUCCAGGAAAGAGGCCCCAGACCCUGCAGAGGGGGUCAUCCUACAACUCAGGAGGCUCCAUGCCAGAGGUCUGGCCACCUGGCAGGCAUUCAUCCACUGUGUGUGCAUGGAGCUGGAAGUGCCGCUGGAUCUGGAGGUGCUACUGCUGAGCACCUGGGGCCACGAAGACGGGUUCCCCAGCCAGCUGGGAGCUGGCGAGGAAGGCUGCUCUAAAUCUCAGCUCCACCAUGCCCUGAAGCGGCCUCAUCAGAGCUGUGGGUCCUCGCCCCGCAAGAAACAGUGCAAGAAGCAGCAGCUGGAGUUGGCCAAGCAGUAUCUGCAGCUCCUGAGGACCUCCACCCAGCAACGCUAUGGAGGCAAGAACCCCAGGCUGGGACAGCCCCUCUCCUUCCAUAUCGCCCCUAUCCUGCAGAAGAGCCGGGACACAGCACCCUUAGACACUCAGGAGGAAGCUGUUAUGGGAGACCCCAAGGCGGAAGAUGGCAUCCUGGAACUCUUCAACACCAAAGCGAAAAAGGGCUCAAGGGUCAUAGUGGUCCUGGGGAAGUCGGGCAUGGGCAAGACCACGUUGGCUCACCAGCUCUGCCAGAAGUGGGCUGACGGCCAGCUGGACCGCUUCCAGGCCCUGUUCCUUUUCGAAUUCCGCCAUCUCAACCUGGUCACAGGUCUCCUGACGCUGCCCCAGCUCCUCUUUGACCUCUACCUGAGCCCCAAGUCAGGAGCAGACACUGUCUUCCAGUACCUGGAGGAGAAUGCACACCGUGUCCUGAUUAUCUUCGAUGGGCUGGGUGAGGCUCUCUACCCCUGCUCCAGCAGAAAGACGGAGGGCCCUGACGCCUCAGGUCCCAUCUUCACCCUCUUCUCUGGCCUCUGCAAUGGGACCCUCCUACCCGGUUGCUGGGUAAUGGCCACGUCCCGUCCAGGGAAACUGCCCACAUGCCUGCCCGUGGAGGCAACCAUGGUCCAUAUGUGGGGUUUUGACAGGCUGCGAGUGGAGGAGUAUGUGGGCCGCUUCUUCAGGGACAAUCCAUUGCAGGCAGCAGCCCUGGCAGAGGUGCAGGCAGAUAGGCGUCUCCAGAGCAUGUGUGCGGUGCCUGCCCUAUGCCAAGUGGCCUGUCUGUGCCUCCACCAUCUGCUCCCUGGCACCUCCGUAGGCCAGUCUGCAGCCCUCCUGCCCACUAUCACGCAGCUUUAUGUACAGAUGGUGCUCAUCCUCAUCCGCCAGAGUCACUUGCACCCCACGUCCCUCCUGAGCCUCGGCGAGGUGGCCUUGAAGGGCCUGGAGGCCGGGAAGGUUGUCUUCUAUGCAGGAGACAUCCCUCCACCCAUGAUGGCCUUUGGGGCUGCCUACAACCUGCUGACUUCCUUCUGCGUCCGCACAGGCCCUGAGCACCAGGAGACAGGCUAUGCCUUCACCCACCUCAGCCUGCAGGAGUUCUUCGCUGCCCUGCAGCUGAUGGCCAGCCCCGAGGUGGACAAAGACAUGCUCCCCCGCUAUGUCACCCUCCAUUCCCGUUGGGUGCACCGGACCAAUGCUAGAUUGGACCUCCUAGACUACCUGCCAACCUUCCUGGCAGGUCUGGCAUCCUGCGCCUGCCGCCCCUUCCUCAGCCAUCUGGCACAGCAGGAUGAGGUGUGGGUAGGUGCCAAACAGGAUGCUGUUGUGCAGGCAUUAAGGAAACUGGCCACCCGCAGGUCCAAGGGACCAAAGGUUAUGGAGCUGUGUCACUGUGUGGAUGAGACACAGGAGCCAGGGCUGGCGCAACUUGCUGCCCAAAGUCUCCACUACCCACUGUCCUUCCACAAUUUCCCACUGACCUACACUGACCUGGCUGUCCUGGCCAACAUCUUGGGCUACAGGGAUGCCCCCAUCCACCUGGAUUUUGAGGGCUGCCCUCUGGAGCCCCACUGCCCAGAGGCCCUGGUGGGCUGUGGGCAGGUAGAGAAUCUCAGCUUUAAGAGCAGGAAGUGUGGGGACGCCUUUGCAGAAGCUCUCUCCAGGAGCUUGCCAACCAUGAAUAGCCUGCAGAAGCUGGGGUUAACAGGAAGUAAGAUAACCUCCAAAGGCAUCAGCUGUCUGGUGAAGGCUUUGUGCCUCUGUCCACAACUGGAAGAGAUCAGUUUGCGGAACAACCAGCUCAAGGACCAGGAGCUGCUGGACAUCGUGGAGAUGCUCUCUUGCCUGCCGAGGCUGCGGAAGCUUGACCUGAGCCACAACAAUGUCUCCGUGUCAACCCUACUGAGCUUGGCAAAGGUGGUAGUCACAAGCCCAACCAUCAGGGCACUGCAGGCCAGGCAAACGGAGCUCAUCUUCCUUCUCUCCCCGUCCACAGAGACAGCUGCAGAGCUACAAGGAGCCCCAGACCUACAGAGAAAUGCCAGACAGAGGGAAGAAGCACAGACCAGAAACCUCAGCUCCCACUCCCUCCACUGGCAUUUGGAGCUGGAGGGGCCAUGCAUGGUGCAAAUGGUUUCCCUGAGCCCCUCUGUCGCCAACCUCCGCCCACACUCCAGGCUCCGCAAGUGUCAGCUCCGGGUCCAUGACGUGGAGACGCUCAUAGCCCUGCUCCGGGAUGGCCCCUGCCUGGAGGAAGUGGACCUCUCAGGGAACCAGCUGGAAGACGAAGGCUGUCAGCUGAUGGCAGAGGCUGUACCCCAGCUGCACAUCACCAGGAAGCUGGACCUCAGUGACAACGGGCUGUCUGCAUUGGUGGUGCACUGUGUGCUGAGCGCGCUGAGCACCUGCCGGACCCUGGCAGAACUGCACAUCAGCCUGCUGCAAGAAACUGUGGUCCUCAUAUUUGCCCAAGAGCCGGAGGAGGAGAAGGGAACCCAGAAGAGGGCUGCAUUUCUGGACAACCUCAUGCCCCAGAUGCCGUCUGAGCUGCCCCCGAGCUCCAGGAGGAUCAGGCUGACUCACUGUGGCUUCCAAGCCAAACACCUAGAGCAGCUCUGCAAGGCACUGGGAGGAACCUACUACCUCAGUCACCUCGACUUAUCAGGCAAUGCUCUUGGGGACGAAGGUGCUGCCCUAUUGGCUCAGCUGCUCCCAGGCCUGGGCACUCUGCAGUCCUUGAACCUCAGUGAGAAUGGCUUAUCCCUGGAUGCUGUGUUCAGUUUGGUCCAGCCCUUCUCUACUCUGGAGUGGAUUCUCCAUUUGGACAUCAGCUUAGAGAGCCAGUGCUUCCUCCUGAGAGGUGACAGAAGACGCAGGGAUGCAUUGGCUAGUGGAUCAUUGCCAGAGUGCCCCGCUGGAGCCCAGUUCUUGGGGUUCCGUCAGUGCUGUGUCCCCAGGAGCUUUCGCCUCAGGGAGUGUCAGCUGGAGCCUUCAUGCCUCAGCCGCCUCUGUGAGGCCCUGGAGAAGUGCCCAGGACCUCUGGAAGUCGAGUUGUCCUGCGAGGUCCUGAGCGACCAGAGCUUAGAGACCCUGCUGCACUGCUUACCGUGGCUCCCCCAGCUGAGCCUGCUGCAGCUGAGUAAGACGAGACUGUCCCCAAGGAGCCCCUUGCUGCUGGCCAACAUCUUCAGCUUGUGCCCACGGGUUCAGAAGGUGGAGCUCAGGUACCCGCAUCACGUGUCCCUACACUUCAGGUCCAGUGAGGAGCAGGAAGGCGUGGACUGCAGGUUCAUGGGCUGUGGCCUCCUCCAGGAGCAUGUGGAGCCACUGUGCUGGUUGCUGAGCAAGUGUGAAGACUUCAGCCAGCUGGACCUCUCAGGAAACCUGUUGGGUGAUGAUGGCCUCAGGAGCCUCCUGGAAUGUCUGCCUCAGGUGUCCAUCUCUGGUUCACUUGAUCUGAGCCACAACAGUAUGUCUCUGGAAAGUGCCCUGUACCUGGUGGAGACCCUCCCCUCCUGCCCAGGCGUGGGGGAGGCCUUGGUGAACCUGGGCCCUGAGCAGAGCUUCCAGAUUCAAUUCUCCAGGCAGGAGGAGGCUGGGAAGACACUGAGGCUGAGUGAAUGCAGCUUCCUGUCAGAACAUGUGCCCAGACUGGCCACUGGCCUGAACCAGGCCCUCCAGCUGACGGAGCUCACACUGACCCGGUGUGGCCUGGGCUUGGAGCAGCUGACCAUCCUCCUGAGCCUAGUGAAGCGGCCAACAGGGCUGCUGGGCAUCAGGGUGGAGGAGCUGUGGGUGGGCAGAGUCGGGGUGCUUGAACUGCUAAGAGCCAGCGCCCAGGCCUCAGGCAACGUCACCGAAAUAAGCAUUUCUGAGACCCAGAAGCAGCUCUGUGUCCAGCUGGAAUUUCCCCGUCAGGAGGAGAACCCAGAGGCCGUGGCCCUCAGGUGGGACUCAGCUCCUGGGAGCCCAAGGGAAUGGCUCGGGCUGGCUCACUGUGACCUUGAGACCCACCACAGCCUUCUCAUCAGGCAGUUGAUGGAGACAUGCACCAGGCUGCGGCAGCUCAGCUUGUCCCAGGUUAACCUCUGUGAUGCCAGUUCUCUGCUGCUGCAGAGCCUCCUGCUGUCCCUCUCUGAGCUGAAGAAAUUCCGGCUUACCUCCAGCUGUAUGAGCAUCGAGGGCCUUGCCCACCUGGCAUCUGGCCUGAGCCACUGUCACAACCUAGAAGAGCUGGACUUGUCUAACAAUCAGUUCAACGAGGAGCUGAUGGGGACCCUUGAGGAGAAGUGCAGGCUGAAGAAGCUUGACCUCAGCCACCUGCCGCAGGGUAGCUGGUCGCUGGAUAUGCUCACUCAAGGACUAAGCCACAUGGCCCUCCUGCAGAGCCUCACCCUGAGCAGGAAUGGCAUUGAUGAUGUCGGCUGCCGCCACCUUUCUGAAGCUCUCAGAGAUGUCACCAGCUUGAAGGAACUGGACUUGAGCCACAACCAGAUUGGAGACACUGGUGCCCAGCUCUUAGCUGCUGUCCUGCCCAGGCUGCCUGAGCUCAGGAAGCUAGACCUCUCAGCUAAUGGCAUCAGCCCGGCGGGGGGAGUGCAGUUGGCUGAGUCUCUCAGCCUCUGCAGGCACCUUGAGGAGCUGAGGCUUGGGUGCAAUGCCCUAGGGGAUCUCACAGCCAAGGUGCUGGCUCACAGUCUGCCCCUACAGCUGAGGGUCCUGCGCCUGCCCUCCAGCCGCCUGGGCCCAGAGGGGGCACUGAGCCUUGGCUGGGCCCUGAACGGACAUCCACAGAUAGAAGAGAUCAGCUUGGCAGAGAACAGCCUGACCGGAGGGCUCCCGCAGUUCUCUAAGGGGCUCCCACUGCUCAGGCAGAUUGACCUGAUUUCGUGUGAGAUUGACAACCAGACUGCCAAGCACCUCGCUGCCAGCUUCGUGCUCUGCCCAGCCCUGGAAGAAAUCCUGCUGUCUUGGAAUCUCCUUGAAGAUGAGGCGGCUGCUGAGCUGGCCCAGGUCCUGCCGAAAAUGGGUCGGCUGAAGAGAGUGGACCUGGAGAAGAAUUGGAUCACAGCCUAUGGAGCCUGCCUCCUGGCUGACGGGCUGGCCAAGGGGCCUGGCAUCCAAGUCAUCCGCCUCUGGAAUAACCCCAUCCCUCCUGACAUGGCCCAGCGUCUGCAGAGCCAGGAGCCUAGGCUGGACUUCGCCUUCUUCGAAGACAAGCCCCAGACCCUUCAGAGUACUUGAUGGCCCCCUCAAAACCCUUGGGAUACAGCCAAGUAAUGUCAACUCCCAGGCACCAGGGCAGAGGGCUCAGAAGGACCCUCAGCUUGGUGCCCCUCCACCUGCCCCAAGAGGGGGCAUUUUUUGGGGACCAGGAGCCUUGUAUGGCCAAAGGAGUGUCCCAUGUCAUGUCGACAUGUAUUACCAGCUGGGAACAGGUGGCAUGAUGGGGGUGCCAUAAUGUGAUGCAUGACACUGAGGCUCACAUGUGGCAGAGUAUGACCUCUUGAUAUGUGGCAAUACAUGGGACUUGUGGCACACAGCACAGAACAUGUAUGACACGUGUGGCCAAUGGCAUAGGUCCUAGUACCAUACAUGGGAGGACACACAAUUGGUGGUGUAUACUUAAGGAACCCUGGUGGCUCAGUGGUUAAAUGUUCGGCUGUUAACUGAAAGGUUGCCAGUUCAAACCCAUCAGCCACUCCACAGGAGAAAGAUAUGGCAGUCUGCCUCUGUAAAGAUUACAGCCUUGGAAACCCUGUGGAGCAAUUCUAUUUAAGGAGCCCUGAUGGCUCAGUGGUUAAGCACGUGGCUGCUCACUGAAAGGUUGGUGGUUUGAGCCCACAGGCUAUUCUGCAGGAGAAAGAUGUGGCAGCCUGCUUUCAUAAAGAUUCCCACAAACACUGAUUACAGCCUAGGAAACCCUAUGGGGCAGUUCUACUUUGUCCUAUAGGGUCACUAUGAAUCAAAAUUGACUCGGUGGCAUGCAACAACAUGAUACCUGUCAAAUGUCCAUGUCAUAUGACACAUGUCAGGACCAGAAGCCCUCAGGCUGGUCCAGUUUACUAAUUUAUUGCUUUUUUUAAGAAACCAAGUAUGUAUUUAGAGACUGUUACUAAUUUGUUACUGGUUUUAGAAACCAAGCAUUUCUAGAGCAGCUGAACCAUGGAAAGUCUUCCUCCCAGGGCUGGGAGGGAGAGGUGUCCAAGCACUGACCAGCCCGGCAGCCCCCUCCAGGCCUAACCAAGACUCAGCCAUGAGGCUUCUGGGCGAUCCUCUCCCAGCCUCCAGCCUCAGCUUCCCCAUCCAUAAACUGGACAUCCGCCUUAAAUGCUGGUUUCCCAGGACUUUGGGCU